AUGUCCGAGUGUCCUGCACUGCUCCUUCUGCUCGCUCUGGGGCUCUGCUGCCCUGGGAUCUGGGGCCAGAGGUACAACAUGAAGACCAAGUUUCGGGACAGCAGCAUCAAGCACCCGCGGGUGGGACAGCGGCUGGAGCUGGACUGUCUGGCUGCCAAGGAGGACAGCGGCAUGUUCUGGAUCCGCCUGGACAAGCAUGGGACCCUUCACUUCAUCGUCUUCAUUUCCUCCCUGUCCCGGACCACCUUCGAGAGGAACGAGAGGACAUCCGCACGCUUUGAGGCAACAAAAAACGGAAAGCUCUACGGGCUGGUAGUGAAGUCUUUCACACCACAGGAUGAGGGGAACUAUUUCUGCCUCAUGAACAGCAACCAAAUGCUGUACUUCAGCUCUGGCCAGCCUGCCUUCUUGCCAGUCACCACCACUGCAGCACCCACCACACCAGCACCCACCGCCCAGCAUAGCGUCACCGAAAAGGACCCCUGCCUGAAGACCCUGGAUCCAGACGCCAGCAAGGAGAAAGAGCUGAAUUUCUUCUGUAACAUCUUCAUCUGGAUUCCCUUGGCAGGCGCCUGCCUCCUGCUCCUCAUCGCGCUGGUGGUCACCAUCAUGCUGUGUCAACGAACCAGAAGACGAAGAUGCAGAUGUAAGAGACCUGUAAAUGGGAAGCCCGACGUGAAACCUAGCGUGCCAAACCGACACAUAUAA